AUGGAUGCGAGCAAGGUUUCUCUCCUGGCGGCCACGUUCAUUCUCGCCGACCUCCUGCCCGUCGCACUAGCCGCUACUGGAACUGCGACCUUCUACAAUCCGCCCUACGUCCGUAAGUUGUUUCCUUGGCCUAAUUCUUCCAUUAGAACACGUUCACUUGCGCCGAGCGGCUAUCACGACCUUCUUCAGCCUUGAACCUCGUUACUCUACGAUUAGGGCAUGCUGUACUAUGUGUGCGCUUCACAGGAAAAGAGAUUCAUGGCAUGCUCUUGUUGUGAAUCUUCCUUUGCAGCUUCCGCCUGCUACGGGAACCAGAACAAGGGAGUGAUGAUCGCCGCAGCCAGCGACGCCAUCUGGGGCAACCGCGCAGCCUGUGGAAGGAAAUACCGCGUGACCUGCACGGGGCGGACGAACGGGGGCCCGUGGCCGUGCAACGGCCAAAGCGUCGUGGUAACGAUCGUCGAUUACUGCCCGCCGGGAUGCCAGGGCACCAUUGAUCUGUCCCGGAAAGCCUUCUCUACAAUCGCCAACCUUGAUGCGGGGAAGAUCCAGAUCCGGUACAACCGGUAA